AUGGGCUUCAACCGCGGGAACACCGUCCUCGCACUGGGACCUGAGAAGUACCGUCCAACGAAGACGCACUUCUGGAAGGGCACGGAGGAGCUCGAGCGCUUUCCGCCCAGCUAUGCCGACCAAGACAACGUUUUCGAGGAAUACCUUGGCAACCACUCCCUGGCUCCUUCCCGUCACCAGCUGGCGCUGCGAAACUCGUCAGGGCUUAUGGAGCUUCAUUACGAGACCAUGAGGAAGAAGGCCAAGGAGCGUGCCGCCCACCCCGUGCAGAAGAAGCUCCCCAGCAUGGAUCGAGCCUUCACCGCGUGCGCUGGCUACAGCGGGCUCAUCCCUGGCAAGAUCUCCGGCAACAUUGCGCGGCCCUUGGGGGCCUCCGCCGUAUGA